GGAAACCUCGCGAGAGCUGGCUUCGCUUUCCUUUCUUGCGACCUACCAAACUCUCGCGAGGUCUUAGAGACAAGGGGGCCCAAUAAGGCGAAGGAGAGGAGCGGGGUCUCGCCGACAUCUCGCGGUAUUUCAGGGGAGGAGCCUGGGCAGCCAGCCUCGGAGAGUGUCUCUCCGCCGGGCAGGAGGGCGCCUUGGUGGGCUUCUCUCUCCGUGGAGGGUCGGGAGGGCAGGAAGAUGGACCCGGCCGGGACAGACCGCCUGUUCCAAAAUUUAAUUGAAACAUUGGAUGAAAACACAGACAAGAGGUUCUACAAUAUUGCUAAACUAGGAGGCACCAAAUACGAUAUCCUGCCUUAUUCCAUACGGGUUCUAUUGGAAGCUGCGGUCCGUAACUGUGAUGGCUUCCUUAUAAAAGAAGAAGAUGCCAUGAACAUUUUGAAUUGGAAAACAAAGCAGAACCAUGUUGAAGUGCCCUUCUGUCCUGCCAGAGUCCUCCUCCAAGACUUUACUGGAAUUCCUGCCAUGGUGGAUUUUGCUGCUAUGAGGGAAGCUGUGAAAAAUCUGGGAGGAGAUCCUACCAAAGUCCAUCCUGCCUGUCUGACAGAUCUCACCGUUGAUCAUUCUUUGCAGAUUGACUUCAAUAAAUGGUACAUAUUAUGA